AUGUCCGUUUUUCAGCGAGGGAGAACAAGUUGAAGUGAGUCAGUCUGGAACAAACUUUGGCGAAUCCUGGAAUCGAGCUACCGUUCUUAAAGUGGUUGGUGCUACAAAUUUCUUAGUAAAGUACAUGCAUAAUGGAAAGGACGGGAAAUCAGCUACUGAGAUUCUGGAUUCUCAAUACAUUCGGCCAGCACGCGCCAUCACCCGUAUUGACUCAAAGUACAGAUUUUCUCCUUCUUCUCAUGUUGAGGUCCUUCAUCAAGAUAGCUGGUGGCCUGGUGUUAUCCUGAAGGUCUUAGGUGCUGGAAUGGACAAGAAGUAUGUAGUAAUGUUGGAUUGUCACAAGACAGAUCCGGAUGACAUCGACCGUGUGGAUGCGCUGAGGGUUGAAAUUACGCAGCUCAGGCCACUGUGUGACUGGGACGGUGAAAAAUGGGUACGCGGCUUGAAAAAGGAAUCUGCUAAGGGACCUCAGUUAUCUACUCCAAAAAGGCCAAUUUCCGCUGCCUUGGAUAAUGACUCCAAUAAAAUCAGUGACGAACCUGGUUCUCGUCGGGCCAAAAAGAAGAUGAAGAACGCAGAUGUGAUACCAGAACAAAUUUCUCCUCUUUUGUCUGUUCGUAAAGAAAACAUUGAAGUUGCUGAUAAGCUGGGAAAUGCAGUACUGGCACCAAGAUGUGAGUUGUCACUUCCUUCACUGCCACCAAUGGCAUCAUUUGGCUGUCUGAGUUCUUCAUCUUCACAUGCUCCAAGCCCUCAUCUCGCACAAUCAUCUUCUCACAUACAAGCUUCGUUGUUUGGAGCGUUUGGACAACCAAGGUCUAUCUCACAGGGCCUGCCAUUAGGAUCGCGGUCACUUAGCUCAUAUUUUACCAGCAUUCAAGGGUCAAACAAAGUAUUGAGCGAUCAGGAUAAGCAGUCAACUGUUGGAACUGGGACUGAACUGUGCAGACAAAUGGAGGGAUGUGUUUCUUUCCAAACAUCAGUGCCUCCAGGGGAGAAGCCUGAAACUCAAAUGGAAGGGAUAGCUGCUAAACCCAUUGAAGAAGGCAGCAACGUUAUCUCUUUAUCUGAAGACUGUUCACAAUCACACCAAGGUAAUGGACCACAUGAUUCUUGCCAUCCCUUGUCUGCGGAAACUGUGACUGUGCAUCAGAAUGGCCAGCUUUCAGAAUCCUCGGCAAUCCAGCAUCAGCAUCUUCCAAUUGUGAAGACCUCCUCAUUGUGGGCACAGCUUGAGGCACUGGAGAUAUUCAGGACAACGCCACAGUGGCCAGAUCUCCAUCAGUUUGAGCAGCACGUUCCAGAGCUCCAUGAAGGACUGGCACUAGGUCUGAUGAUCUCUUUUGUUAAUCUGGCAGAAAACAUAAACAGGCUGGGUGUUGAGGACGACGUCGAGCUACUCGAGCAGAAGAUAAAUUGCCUGGCUUAUCUCGAGGCAAGUGGUUUCGAUGUCGGGGACCUGAGAUCGCGCGUGGAAGCUUUGCUUCACAUGAAGAAUAGCCGUGCUGAACUAUCGGGCGCUUUGAAAAAGCUUGAGGAGGAGAUUGCUCGUGAAGAAGCUGACGACCAAGAACUGGGCACGCGACUUCACGCUCUGGCUAUGGCUGUCCAUCACCUCGAACUACAUGCCCAUCUUGUGCGCAAUGUAAUAAGGUCUGUCGUCGCACAGAGGAUGAAGAAUGCCAUGGAGAUCUCGAGGCUCAAGGUAGAAGCAAACAAUCUGUCCACCGCCGUGCCAUGGUGAGUUUGGCGGGUGGGAGCACGCCAUCAUUGUUCUUGUGAAUAGGUAGUUACCAUGGUGAGUGGUGGAGAACGCCCAGCUAGAGGCAGUAUAUGUAGAUAGCGUGUAUUUUGUGUCGUGGAGUUGGCCGUACGUAGUGCUGGUGAGGCUUUUGUGUGUGUUGAGAGAUCAUGUUGCCGCGCCGCGGUGACUUUGGUUGGAGAAUGGCAGCACACCUGUGAAUAGGUAGUUGCCAAUGGUAAGUAGUGGGGAACACCCAACUACUGGUGGGUCUUUUGUGUAUGGGCUGUGUAUGCUGUUACUUCUGGGAUGUUAGCUAAGUGCUAAAAAUGCCAGCAAGAUAAUAGUUCCUUACAAAUCAUGCCUGAUGUUGCCCUGCACCUUAUGUU